AUGUUACCACUUAUAGCUUUUAAUAUGGAGGGUUGUUCAAAUUCAAGUAGUUUUAACUCCAUUUAUGAUGUAAAUAAUGUUUUAAAUUGUGUCAGAAAUAGGAAAAAGGUUUCCGAGUUGCCUAAUUGCCCAGUAUGUAGCUGUACAAUACGACAGGGAGAAUUAGAGUCGCAUUUAGCAUUAGAAGUUGAAAGACUGCAAAAAAUUACUAGUGGAUCGAAGAGGAAAUUAAGCACAAAUAGCUCAAAUAUGCCGGUUGCGGGAUCCAGCACAUUUUACGAGGAAGAAAGUAAUGAAGAUGUUGAGAUGGAUGUUUCGGGCUGUCCAGGAAGUGAUGUUUACCAACGUAUACAUAGCAACCGUCUUAAUCGGCUGCGAUCACGGCGUCGAUCUCCGCCACGCACCGGACAAGGUGAAUGUCCAGUGUGCAAUGCAACUCGCCCUGUGUCCCGUCUUCACCGACAUACAUUAAGAUGUCUGAAGAGAAGUGGAGCAGAGCUGGAUGAACCAGUGCCUGAUUCAAGCUCUGAAGAAGGCAGCAUUGAUGUUGAAAACGAUGAGCCCUCGGGGUUUGGUGCUGAAUACCAGUGGUGCGGAGAGUGGCGAGUGAGGGCCACAGCUCUGCAGGACGCGGACUCACGGCCUGGUACUAGUGUACGGCGAGCGUCAACCGAUCACGCGCUGGUAGUAGAUGAUGACGAGGACACGGCGUUGUAUGGACCGCCUCAGUACUCACCUUCAAGGAUAGCGCCUGAUGCAGAUACUUCCAAGUCGAGUGAAAAUGAGAGUGAGUCUAAUGGAAUAGAACUACAAAUUGAGAAGAAAACGAAUGGGCUGGUAGAAGCCAGCGCUGAGACACGCAUACAAGCGCUGAAAAUGAAAAUAAAAGAAUUAGAGAAAAAACAGAAUUCAGGACUAGAGGCGAAGUGUUUGAUCUGUCUGGGGCCUUACACGUCGCCAGCAGUCUCCAUACAGUGCUGGCAUGUCUACUGUGAGGUGUGUUGGUUGGAAUCCUUGAAGGCGAAGAAAAUAUGUCCGCAAUGCAACGCAAUCACAACAGCCGGACAUUUGAGACGGAUUUACAUGUAA